CGAAGGUAGCCCGGAGCGCAGUUGGUGUGAUCGUCGCCCAGUUCCGAUAAGAAGCGUUGGUCAUCGUCGCCAUCCCCGGCGGCAGCGGCAGCGAGAGGAGGAGUCCGGUGGCUUUUCGGUCGGCAGCGGGGCCGGCGGGCGAAUAAUCACGAGGGGGAAGACGCGGGCCGAGGCGAGCGACAGAGUGCGAGACGCGCGGAGUCUUGCCGCCACCCUCCCCCCCGCUCGGCGUAUAUCGAUAUUACGAAUGACGAAGAUGCAGCAGCAGCCGGUGCAGGCGGCGCCGCAGAUCGCCCACGAGGAGCACAUACUCGAGGCGAUCGAUCAGCUACGGCGUCGCAAAGCGCGCCCCGAUGCCGAUCGCAUCUGCAACUAUCUGCUGCGCAACUACGCGGUGGACGCGCGCGACACGAUCGCCGACCUCCACCGGCUGAUCGAGGUCGAGAAGGUGAUCCAGGUCGAUUACAAGGGCAACACCAGCUACCGCAACGCCAAGAAGUGGACGCGCCUGCAGCUGUUCAAGAACCGGCCGGAGGGCUUUCUCAAGGAGAAACUCAACUCGGGCAUGGUGUCGAGCGCGGUCGCCGAGCUCGUGGUCGAGGAACCGGACUACCUUGACCAGGGCGUGCCCGCGUGCCGGCUGAUCGAGCAGCUCCUGGACGGCGUCUCGAGCCCGACGUCGCGCCGCGUGGUCGAGGAGUUUCUCGGCCGGGAGGUCGCGAGCGGCAAUCUCGCGCGCCUGUCCAACGGCAAUUACUCGCUGGUGGCGACGUCCGACAUGACGACGGACGCGACACCAUCGCGCCGCGGCGGCGGCGCCGCCGCCGCCGCCGCCGACACGCAGCCGUCCUCCUCCGCGGCCGUCGCCUGCGCCCUGGAGAACGGCAACGCGACGCAGCGGCGUGUCGGUAAGGAGGCUGCUACCAACGGCGCCGUCAGCAAUGGCACUAACGGCUUGACCACCAAGGCGGCCAAGGCGACGGCGGCAGCGGCGGCGGCGGCGGCGGCAGCAGCGGCGGCGGCGGCAGCAGCAGCGGAACUCUACGAGUUCAACGAGACUGAUAACCUCACCGACACCACGUCGAACACGUCGCGAUCGUCCUCGCGACAGGCCAACGACAGUCCGAAGCUGGAUCAGCAGCAGCAGCAGCAGCAGGAUUGCGUGAAAAAGGAGGAGGAAUGCUACGGUGCCGACGUCGAGAAGAGCGACGCCGAGCGCGGCGCAAGUGCGUCGCCGCCGACCGCCGCGGUGGCGUGCAACGGCGGCGGCGACGUCGUCGACGGUGGCCAGCGGCAGCGCGACUCUCUCGAGGUGGUGGUGCCGACGUCCACGUCCGGCGAGAACGAUGUCAAGGAGGAACCAAAGAGCAACGAUGUCCAGAAGACGACGUCUAACCUUAAAAGGUCCACCAAGGCCGAGCGUAAGCAGCGCUUGUUUGCGAGGACGGACGACCGUAUGGACAUCGAGAUCAAGUUCGAGGACUAUCAGAGCGUCAAGGACGAGCGGGAGAAGCGCGAGGAGGCCUCUCGGCGGUCCAGCGAGGAUCGCGAGGACGAGGACGCCGGCAGGAGCUCGUCGACGAACACGUCCCCGACUCCGUCCAAUGUAAACACUGGUGGAUUCCGUAGCGCCCGGAGGAAGAGAGCCAGGAAGGUAUUCGAUCCUUCGGAUAACAAUCUGGUGAAGCGCAAGCGUGGCAGACCAGGUAAUCAUAAUAAAGCCUCGUUGAUGCAAGACUCUCAGGACUCGGCUGCAAAGGCAACUGUCAAGGAUGGACCGUGCAGGCAGUGCAGCCUCUGCGCCAAGGAGAAACAAGAGGCUCUUGUGGCUUGUAGAGAUUGUACAGUGCGAGCGCAUCCGAGUUGCAUUUAUAGUCCGGAGGAGUUGCUGCAGAAAGCCAACAGCAAUUGGCAGUGCGAGCGCUGCAAGACCUGCGUGAUAUGUUGCGAGACCUCCGACGCGGGCCCGCUAGCGACUUGUUUUAACUGCAACGACGCCUAUCACUCGCACUGUCAUGCGACCCGCAUCACAAUUAAAUCAAACUCCAAGUGGCAUUGCCACGAUUGCUCGCAGAGACAGCGCAAGACGAACGAUAGUCAAAACUCUCAUUCGAUCAACGGAACAAGCAGACCGGACAGCCCGUCCAGUACAACCAUCUUGCCGCCGGUACUGAGUCCGCAGGUUUCCCCCACGAGGGGGGAUCAGAUGGAAGACGACGGCCCGAAAGGACCCAUCGAUCUGAAUAUUCCUGAUGCGAGGGGUUGGACUUCCGAGCAAGUGUAUCAGUACUUUGCCAGGUUGUUUCCCAAAGAAGCCGAAGUCUUCCGGCAGCAGGAAAUAGACGGCCACGCGCUUCUAAUGAUGAACCGGAAGGAUGUUCUGUGCGGGCUUAAUUUACUGCUUGGUCCUGCGUUGAAGAUAUACCGGCACGUUUUGAAGCUACAGUUCCGCAGAGACGAUCCCGAGUUGUACUGGCAAUAAUACGAAUUUGGAAAUUGAUCUCUAUUAUAUCACACGCGUCUUAAUCUACGAGAUUUAAUUUGUACUUGAAACAAAAUUGAAUCUUUUAGAUUACGAUUACUCUAAGUUGUAGUCGGUCUCCACGUUGUACAUAUGAAAUGUAUUGCUAAAAAAUCUCUUACGAACAAUAACGAUAUCGCAUUUGUUCUCCAUAGUAACAAAGACAAUGUUCGAGGCGGGCUUUAUUUGCUGUUAAAUCAUACGUUGGGAAUAUUGGCACAUUUUUUUUCUGAUAAAGCGCUGAGACGAUCUUAAGCUCUAUUGGCAAUAAUAUGGAUAUGAUACCUUGCAUAGAAUUUUGCGACAUUGCACACGUGAUCUGUACAAGCCUUUUUAUAGAUUAGGAACAUAACUCAGUCUACGCUCCGCAUGAGAUACACAAGAUUUCCCACAAAUGAUUUGUCAUGCCGAAGCGGUACCGAUCCCGCAGAUACACGCGCAAUUACGCAAUUACAUUUACACGAUGUACAUACAUUCUGCCUUUUUCAUAUGCGGUAUUUUAUAAGAUGGAGCAGAUACUUCUAUCUCCAAAAUUGUUACUUGUUAAUGUUAAAUUUAAGCCCGUAUUGAGAGUUGUGCACGUUUGUUCCGAUUGAAGGAUCACUGCGAUACGUGUGAAACGGAAAAAGAGAAAUUAUCGACUGAUUUUACACGACUUUACGUCAUAAACUUGUACUUUAUUUUCACAAGUUUCAUUACAUGUAGGGAGUAAUACAUUUAUUUGUAGAACGUAGUUACGUAAGAUUCUACUAAUUAAGGAACACAAUACUUUGGUUUUACAUGUACUUUUCUAUUACGCAAUAAAUAUUUUGAUAUUUA